CUCGAGGCUCGUUCCUAAUCCAAAUCCAAACUAAUCACAAUCUAUUUCUUCGUUUCUCUCCAAAACCAAAACCAAAGCCUUACUCUCUCUCUCUCUCUCUCUGAGCCUCAGGAGUGUGCGAGUCGGCGAGUCGUUCGUGAGGAGCUUUUCGAUGGCGUUACCGGUUGUUGACACAGAGUACCUGAAGGAGGUCGACAAGGCUCGUCGCGAUCUCCGUGCCCUCAUCGCCUCUAGAAACUGCGCUCCCAUCAUGCUCCGCUUAGCGUGGCACGAUGCGGGGACAUAUGAUGUGAAUACGAAAACAGGUGGACCUAAUGGGUCAAUUAGGAGCGAGGAAGAGUAUAGUCAUGGUUCUAACAGUGGCUUGAAGAAAGCCAUUGAUUGGUGUGAGGAAGUGAAGUCUAAACGUCCAAAGAUCACAUAUGCAGACCUAUACCAGCUUGCCGGUGUUGUUGCAGUUGAGGUCACUGGAGGCCCAACCGUUGACUUUGUUCCUGGCAGAAAGGAUUCAAUCGUUUCUCCCAAGGAAGGGCGACUUCCAGAUGCUAAACAAGGUGCUCCACAUCUCAAGGACAUCUUUUAUCGAAUGGGUCUGUCUGAUAAGGAUAUUGUUGCACUGUCAGGGGGCCACACACUGGGAAGGGCACAUCCAGACAGAUCAGGUUUUGAUGGUCCUUGGACUAUGGAACCUCUGAAGUUUGAUAAUUCAUACUUUGUGGAACUUUUGAAAGGGGAAUCAGAGGGCCUUUUGCAACUUCCAACAGACAAGGCUUUAUUGGAUGAUCCUGAGUUCCGUCAUUAUGUUGAGCUGUAUGCAAAGGAUGAAGAUGCAUUCUUUAGAGAUUAUGCAGAAUCACACAAAAAGCUCUCAGAGCUAGGGUUUUCUCCUAGAUCCCCUGGCUCUAAGGUAAUUGUAAAGGAUGGUAUCAUACUGGCACAGAGUGCGGUUGGAGUUGCGGUUGCUGCUGCUGUGGUGAUCUUGAGCUACUUCUAUGAAGUUCGCCGAAAAAUGAAAUGAACGUGGCUCUCUCUCAAAUGUCGCAAAUAUUAUCCCUAUGAUUAUGUGGCACUAAGUUCAGUUUUGCAGCAGAACAGCUAUAUUGUUCUUCUCUUUAUCUGCUAAUAACAUCAGCCAGGGCCUUUCUAAAACCUUGGCCGCUAGAUAAACUGGUAGAAAGAUACAAGUGAACUUUCUCGCCAAUGAUUAGUGAAUAUCAAUACAUGCUGACAUAUGAGUCUUUAUAGAUGUUUA